AUGGACUCCUGUACCUACCCACUGCCUCCCCACGGAGUCCACAAAAUCCCCCUCGACCAGCUCGACACCCGUCCCGACACUGAGAUCGACCAUGAAAUCGCCCAUCCCGGUCCCGUCCAAGAUGACAAAAACGUCUGGUUCUUCUGGCACUCCGGCUACGAAACCAUGCACCCCUACACCAAGCGCAACAUCCGCGCCUGGUACCGCCGCCUCUCCAAACAAGGCUGGGUCAUCCGUGUGCUCAAUCGCCAACCCCACAGCCCGCUCAACGUGUCCAACUUUCUCGACGUCCAGGAUCCCUCGAUCUUUCCGCAGGCUUUUAUCGACGGGACGAUUGGCGGCCAUCACAUCGCGCAGCAUACGUCGGAUCUGGUCCGGUUCCCCUUGUUGGCCACGUACGGCGGCGUCUACGCGGAUGUUGGUCUGUUGAUGAUUGGGGACUUGGAUCGGCUGUGGCGCGAGACUGUGGCGAACCCGGACUCGGCAAAGGAGGUGAUUUCGUUCCGGUUUGAGGAAAUCGGGCUGACGAAUUAUUUCCUGUGUGCGCGGCGGAAUACGCCGUUCUUUGAGCGCUGUCAUCGGUUAUUCCUGAAGCUGUGGGAAGGAAAGACCUCGACGGAAGGAAUGUGGAAAUCGCCUCUGUUGAAAGGAGUGCCUGUCCUCGAGUCCCCCAAGGGCUUUGAACAAGACGGGAGAUCGUAUUCCCAGGAAGAAGCCAGCCACAUCCUCACCGACUAUAUCACCCAGGGCCAAGUGAUCUCGCUCGUCCUGGGUCUGGUGGACGAAGAAGGCGGGUGGAAUGGGCCUGAGUACGCUGCGCAGAACAUCUACGCCAUGGAUUACAUGGUCGGCUCGCAAUUGAUCAAUGAGAUGACGGCGUGGAAUGGCCCGCGCGCCUUUGAACUCAUGUCGCUCUCUCUCCCGGGCCAGGGGGAGAAAGAAUCUGAAGAUCAGCAAAAGGCCCGGGAAAUCGUCGAGGCGUGCCUGAGCAGGAGCUUUGCGUUCAAGUUGGCGCAUGGACUGAUCCUGGCGAUUCUGGGUGAUACGCUGGGCUCGUUGUGGAGGAGGCAUGAGGGAUCGGAUGAUGUGCCGAAUACAUAUGCGCAUUGGUUACGGUAUGGGAUUUUGCAUUGGACGCAGGAUGAGAUUCCCCCGGCGCUCGACUUUGGACCCUUUGAGCCGUUCAAAACGGGGCCCUUGCUGAGCGAGUAG